AUGUCUAACAAUGAGAUAACGAUCCUAUUGUUGGGCGAGUCGGGUGUGGGAAAGACGCAUUUCAUCAACGCGUUCGCCAAUUACUUAAAUCAUGCAGAUUUUGGAGUGGGAAGUAAACAUCCAAUUUGCGUCUCACCUAUUGAUAUAACUAUAAUGGACCAUGACACGCUGGAGUCUAUAAAUGUCAAAUUAAUAGACAAUGGCAAUCAAAAAUUCAAUGCAAAUGGCGGCGAAGGAGAAUAUCCUAAAUGUUAUACAUUUCGAAUCAACGAUUUGUUAAUCAAUAUUAUCGAUACUCCGGAUAUAGAGAGGGACGGGAAUAAUGAAAGGGUUAUAAUGGACUUCAUAAGCAAUUAUCGGAAGAUUAACGCCAUUUUGAGUCACUUGAAUAAAUCGGCGACCGAUAACAUACUGUUCCUCUUCGAGAACACCUACAGACCGGGAAACUCUGUGACAGUACUAAUAGCUGAAUUGAAGAGCACAACUAAAAUUGAUAUCAAGUUUAAUAAGGAUAAAAUAUUUUGUAUUAAUUACGAGUCAUUCAAUUACGCCAUUUCUGUCGCGCCACCCAAUAAUGUUAACAUUAGCCCCGAUAUCAGAGUGAACCAGGAUAAAAACUGGAAAAGGUACCCCGAUAGGGAAACAUAUGAGCAACAGACAGUGACACUGGGCAAAUUCGAUAAAAACGAGUUUACUCAAGAUACCACAAAAUCGGUUACACAAUAUCCCAAAUGUUAUAAAUUUGAGAUAGGUGAUGUAAAGCUGAAUAUAAUCGAUACCCCGGGCAUUGCCGAUACAAAGGGCAUUGACAAGGAUAACGCCAAUAUGAGAAAUAUAUUGGAUUUUAUAUCCAAUUAUCAGGAAAUUAAUGCCAUUUGCGUGCUAUUGAAGCCUAACAACGCGAGGGUUAGUAUUGUUUUUCAGUAUUGUUUGUUUCAGUUGUUUAGUCACUUGAAUAAAUCGGCCGCCGAUAACAUACUGUUCCUGUUUACCAACGCUCGUAACACUCAAUACGCACCGGGAGAUACUGGACCAGCACUACAUAAAUUGUUGGACGACAUUAAAGCGAAGCCCCCGUAUGUGGACAUAAAGUAUCACAAGAGUACGAUCUAUUGCUUCGACAACGAGGCCUUUCGGUUCGCAGUGGCGUCGGCACCGCCUAAUAACAUGGUGUUUGACGGCAUGAUGACGCGUGAUUACGAAGUUAGCUGGGAAACGUCAGUAACUGAGUGCGAUAGAUUGCUGGGACGAAUUAUAUCACUGCCACCCCAUACGGUGAUGGACACCCUAUCCCUCAAUAACGCCAAACAGAACAUAUUAUUAUUGACUCAACCAUUGGCUGACAUUACUAAAAAUAUCUCCGAUAACAUGAAAGAGUGCGAACGACACAAACAACGAAUGAAAAAUUUCACUGGUGAUAUAACUGCCCUCAAAGCCCAGCUCUAUAUACCUUCGUUGGACAUCGAAACCAUAGAAUUAGAUCACCCGAAGACUGUCUGCGGUGAUAAGGAUUGCUGUACUCAAGAGAAUAUUAACGGAACUAUCAAGACCCAUUACAAAACAGAUUGUCAUUCACCAUGCUAUCUAAGAUCAAGUGACGGUGGUAUUAUAGGCAAUGAGGGUCUACGCGAUUGCGAAGCUUUCCAAAAGUCUGAAAAUAUAGGUGAAGCGGAAUGGAGAGUGGCCACAAACCUACUGCCCGAUCAGCACGUGGAGGUAGAUGAACGGGGUAUGGCAUUGGUGCAAUAUGUCGACACGAUUAGAUCGGAAAAUUGUUUCGGGUGCGGCCACUCGUACAAACUGCACCUACAUAUCAAAUACGAUACGCGCAUUGUGAAAAGGGAGGUACGGGAUGAACGUAAAUAUGAACGUAUCAGUACAAGGAAUGAGGCAAAUAUGGCUCAACAAAAUCAAAUUAAACAACUUGAACUUAAAAUUCAAGAGUUGAGCAAUGAGAAUGAUAUAAUUACGACCUGUAUGGCCAAGUUUGCGUGUUUCCUGAAAAAUAAUGCCCUGACACCUUUUAACGAUGCAUUUGAGGGUUAUGUAAAACUUCUCAUUGAGCAAGAGAAGCAAGGUGACAAAGGUAGCGUCGCCAUCAUUAAUCUUGAACGAGUACUAACUCAGUAUACAAAAGAAAAACAAGUAAUUUUGGACGCAAUGAACAAGGCGGGUUCGAAUUCGAACCAAAGUGAUAUAACUAUCAAAGAUAUUGAUGAAAGUAUCAAGCAACUUAAGCAUCUAAAGUGGAAAGGGGCGGAGAUUAGUCAGCUAUUUGAGAAACAACUCAAGGCGAAAGAACAUAGUCAUGUUCAUCAAGAGGAAUCAAUAGAUACCUCGACAGUAAAGGGUUCGAAGAAUUUAAAGUUUUGGAAAAAUUAUCGAAAAUAA